UUCUUUUUAGUUUUCGGGUCACGAAACAAGUAUUUUGAUUAUCUCAGUUUUUCGUAUAUAUUAGUCUACGAAUUUUUUGAAAUAUGACUAACUGGCUGACUUCGUUUGAUCCGAAAUUUCGUAUGUCCAUUAGUGAGAACCUAUUGAACGAUACUCGUUAUUUAUAUAGAAUCGACGUUAGUUUUCUAGAGUUUUUGAGUUACAAAAUAAAAUUUUAGGAUUAUCUCUAACUUUUUGUAUGUACUAAUCCAUUAAUUUUUUAGAAUAUAACUAACCAACUCCCAAAUAUGGAUAUUUUGAGAAUUAUUCUUGUUCUUUUUCUUUUUAUUUGUGAGGUUAUUUUGGAGAUAUAAUAUAUCAUGGUAUUUCAAGUUAAUUCAAUUUUUUUAAAUUCUAAAUAUAUUGUUCUACACCCCACCCCCACACACAAAAAAGGAGGUGGAAAGAAAACUUUGUCCUUGCAUCCUCUCCAAGUGAUUUUCUUUUUCCUACAAUUUCUAACACCACCUCAACCCCUAGGAAAGAGACCCUUCCCCUCCCAUCUAAGUAGCCAUCUCAUCUAAAAAUUUAUCGUGCACUGGAGCUCAAUAUGAAAUUUUAUUUUUUUACAAGAUCCGUGCACGUAAAGAAAUACUAUAGAAAUUACAUCGAAAUAAUAUCUUUACGUUGACCCUUUCUUGAACCAGAACUGGGGGAGGAUGAAAGGAAAAGGCCAUUGCCAACCCUUUUCCUCCUCCUAAUGUUUUUUUCUUCCCAUUUUCUACCUAAAAUCAAAGCUUUUAUGAACGUGAUGGUCAUGAAUUCAUGUACAACCAUGCAUUUGUAUUUUUAAGUUUUUUAAAAUUAUUUUUUUUUGGAAUCUUGAGAGGAACAACGUGAAGAAAUUAUUAAUUAAAAGAAUAAAAUAAAUUCUUGUAGACCUUUUCUUUCAUUUGAGCUCCUUUGGUAAAUAGACACAAUUCAUAUAUUAUUUCUUGAAAAGAUUUUAUUUUUUUCUCUUUUCCUUGAGGGGAUUGUGGAUUUUUAUUUUUAUUUUGAUCUUUUGAGAGGAUCAAGAACAUGAGUUGCCUCCCCUGCUUCAAGAAAAAAGCCGAAUCACCGGAGGACGAGGUGCCGGUCGCUCAAUCUAAAGGAAUCUCAACCACCCCACCAAAUCCUGCUGAACCAUUUCACAAAGGCGACAACGUAAACAGCAAUGCUAAGACUUACACAUUCCGCGAGCUCGCGAGUGCAACAAAAAAUUUCAAGCAAGAAUGCCUGAUAGGUGAAGGUGGAUUUGGAAGAGUGUUCAAGGGAACACUUCAAGGUGGAGAGAUUGUGGCAGUGAAGCAACUAGACAGAAGUGGAACACAAGGAAACCAAGAGUUCCUUGUUGAGGUCUCAAAGUUGACUCUCCUUAAGCACCAAAAUUUGGUCAAUCUCAUUGGAUAUUGUGCUGAUGGUGAUCAGAGGAUUUUGGUCUAUGAAUAUAUGCCAAUGGGUUGCCUAAACGAUCAUCUUCUUGAUCUCAAAGAGGAUAAAAAGCCACUAGGUUGGCUAUCCAGAAUGAAGAUAGCUUUAGGUGCUGCUAAUGGACUCGAGUAUCUACACAAAACAGCCAACCCACCAAUAAUUUAUCGCGAUUUGAAAGGCACAAACAUUCUAUUGGAUAAAGAUUUUAAUCCUAGACUUUCAGAUUAUGGUCUUGCUAAGCUUGCAGGUGGAGGGAGUAAGACAAACAUGUCACCGAUGAUGAUGGGAACUGGUUAUUGUGCUCCGGAGUUUGAAAAAAAUGGUGAACACACUUUGAAGUCAGAUGUAUAUUGUUUUGGAAUUGUUUUGCUUGAACUUAUAACAGGGCGUCGAGCAGUGGAUACUACAAGGCCAGCAAAUGAGCAAAACUUAGUUGCUUGGGCACAACCCUAUUUCAAGGAUCCAAAGAAGUUCCCUGAAUUGGCAGAUCCGUGCCUCGGGAAGAGUUUCCCUGUCAAAGGUUUAAAUCAAGCAGUUGGGGUUACAGCAAUGUGUCUUCAAGACGAACCAAUGGUUCGUCCUUUUAUUGGUGAUGUUGUGGCUGCUCUUACUUUUCUUACAAUGCCCCAGCCAGAUGACCCUAUUCCCAGUUCACCUCCCGCUCCAACCCCAACGUCAAAUAUUGAAAAGUCAAGUCCAAAUAAUGAAGAUCAAGAGAGUUCCGAAAACGAGGACCAAGGUUUUUCAGAUGAUGAGGAUCAAGAUUAUUCUGAUGAUGAGUAUGAAGAUAGUGAGAGUGACCAACAAAAUGAUGAAAAAGUCCAUGACAAACAACGCUCUCAAAAAGUUAGUGACAAACGGAAGUCUCAAAAAGUUCGUGACAGUCAAGAGGAUGAGAAAGCAAGUUCAGAAUAUGGAUAUGGAAGUGCAUCGGGAUCUUCAGAAUAUGAGGACAGUGGAGAUGAUGAACGACAAAAUGUAACAGCAAAAUCUGCAAAAUACUCUUCGCCUUCAAGACAUAAAAGCAAGGUGAAAUCUCGUGCUAAAAGUAUCAACUCAGGUUCAAGUAGCUGAACAUCCAACAGACAAUAACACAAGGAACCAUAAAAAGAAUGCAAUUAUUGAAUUUAAUGUUGCAACAAUGUCAAUGAUGCUUGCAAACACGGAACCGAUUCAAGUUUAAGUCACAUAUAGAGAAGUCAAUUGAGCAAAAAACAAAAAUCUAAUGGAGCAAGUGCUAGUACAAAUUACAGAAGUAAAAGCAACAUUGACACAAGUAAUGUAAUUAUUGAUUUUGUUAAAGGCAACAAGCAGCUUACAUUCUAAUUAUGAAAGUUUUGGCGCAUAUUCAGGUCAGAAUGCAACGAGGAAACAGAACGUUAAAGUAAUUCGUUCAACUCAUCCCAGAGUACAUAUUAGUAAAAUAUGUAACUGUACCUUGUAAUUAACUUUUUCUUUUCAUAUUCUUCAUUUUGACAAACUUAAUUUUUACAUUUUGUCUAUGAGCACUGAACUUUUUGAAUAAGUCGACUUACUACAAAAUAUUGCGGCUUGUGCAUGGAGAUCUCAGGCCAAUAAGCCACAAGCUCAAAAGGCAUCCUUGUACCAACAUCUUUUUGGCUUUAAUAAGCCAAUAAGUUUACCAUAGUACUCCCCUUAUUUCAAUUUGUUUACCUGAUUUUGAGUGGGCACGGAUUAUAAGAAAAUAAGGAAGACUUUUGAAUCUUGUGGUCUUAAACUUGGUCAAAAAAGGAAAGAUACAUUCUUUUCUAGAGGACUACAAAGGAAAGUAAGACAAACAAAUUGAAACGGAGGGAGGUGCAUCAAACAAGCUAAUAAGUUUAUUAUACUACUAGUUGCAAGAUUUGAUUUCUCAUUUAUGCAAGAAGAAAUAUACAAAAAACAUAUUAAGAUGACCUAAAAAGUAUAUAAAGUGUCACUAAUCAACCAAAUUGUAUCUGAUUAUGUUUACUUUGAGCUAAAGCGGUUUAUUUCAAUGUAAACAUAAAAGAGUCACUUCUCAGAAGUAUUUUUAGGGCUUCAAAAAUUCAUCUGCACAAUCUAUUGUCUAUACAUAAAAGGAGGGGGACUGCAUGUACUUUUUAAUGGUAAUUUAUCGCCGG